AUGUCUGGCGGCGACGAUCUCGACGACGGCCUUGUUCUUGACGCUUCGUAUCUCCUCGACGCUAGUAACGACAGCCCCACCCAGAACCAGUCCCUAUCUGCCCCUCUCGACGAGGAAUCCGAAUUCCGUUUGGAGUCACCACCCCCCGUCGCACCCAAGAAGCGCAAGCGCCCCGAGAAGUCCUCCAUCGAACCAAAGCAAAAGAAGCAAAAAUCGCUUCACGAUGCAUCGCGCAUUUCCAUGUGCCAACCUCCCGAUGCACUCGCACAACACCUGGAGCGUUCACUCGCCAAGGCCUUUCCCAAAACGUCCCAGCUCGAACGGGACGAUCUUGUGAUACCCGAAUCCUCGAUAGUCGAUACCACCGCGUUCACGGCUGAGCGCAAAGACAGCUCCUUGUCCGAAUUUAUUACUUUGAGUGCGUGGGAUUGCACCCAUGUGGGUUCUGUUCCUGAGACUCAUGCCCUCGCCUCUAGUGCAGCCUGUCCAACUCUCGCUUCGCGUAUAGCCCAACGCCCCAAGCACCAUGCAGCUCCGACCGCAAUCGUAUUGGCAGGUGCCGCUUUACGCGUAGCAGACCUCACUCGCGCCAUCCGUCCUCUCAAGGCGAAGCAGGAGGAGAAAUAG